AUGAGGAACGUGCUCGUCCUGACCAUGCCCAACCAGAGGAACUACAACAUAAGCACGGAUCCGGAAAACAAGAUGAACGACUACAUGGCUGCUUACCACGACGCUGUGUUGUUCAUCGGUGAAGUGGUGCGAAAGAUCGUCAAAGAUCGUCAACUAGAGAGACGUGUCGACCCAUUUAUCGCCGCCAGCCUCUUUAGAAACACAUCUUUUAACGGAACCGCUGGAACUUACCGGCUCGAUCCACAAGGGGACAGAGAUGUGACUUUUUACAUCAUUUACACCACAUUGGAAAACAAAUACAAAACUUUGUUCACGUUUGACACAGCGACCUUUGAGAUUGUGGAAAUGGACUCAGAUCCUUCCUUUGUUUGGAGCAAGCGGCUUCCGAACGGGACUCCAGACCAAGGUCAGGUUAAUUUUCUUCCACCCAUCCCCACCUCUACCUCUGACUUCCAUCUCCAGAUGGAGAUCUACCCACUGACAUUCAAACACAAUGUGUAG